AUGGCCGCCAACCCGCCCGAGCUCAACAUCCCCGCGUCGACGUCGACGGUCGACGUCUCCAUCAUCGACACGACGGGCAGCAUCCGAGGCGUCGCCGCAAGCCGCUUCAUCGAGCCCAAGAUCCCGGGCCACGACUGGCUCGCGGUGCCGUGCCUCGCCUUCCUGAUCCAGCACAGGAAGCUCAAGCGGUCGCUCGUCUUCGACCUGGGCCUCAAGCAGCGCGCCGCCGACUGGCCGCCGCCGCUGGCCGAGGCCCUGGCGAAGACGGGGGCGACGUUCAACGUGCCGAAGAACGUGCGCCAGAUCCUCGACGAGGGCAGCGUCGACACGAAGGGUAUCGAGGCCGUCGUGUGGUCGCACCAUCACUUCGACCACACGGGCGAGCCGGCCACCUUCGAGCCCGCCACCGCGCUGAUCGUCGGCCCCGGGUCCAAGGAGCACGUCUUCCCCGGCUGGCCCGCGAACCCCCGCGCCGCGUUCCGCGAGUCCGACUACGCGGGCCGCGAGGUGCGGGAGCUGGACUUUAGCGAGACCGCCGACGGCACUCUGAAGAUCGGCCGGUUCGGCGCGCUGGACUACUUUGGGGACGGCUCGUUCUACCUCCUCGACUCGCCGGGCCACGCCAUUGGCCACAUCUGCGGCCUGGCGCGCGUGACGGGCAGCCUCGACAGCUUCAUCCUGAUGGGCGGCGACGCGGUGCACCACGGCGGCGAGCUGCGGCCGCACGCGUGGCACCCACUACCAUCAUCCAUUUCGCCGCACCCGUUCAACUCCCUCUCAUCAACGCCGUGCCCGGGCGAGCUGUUCGAGCCAUUAUUACCGAACGGCUCAGCGGCGCACCACGAUGUGCCGGAAAUGAUCGAGUCGAUCCGCAAGCUGCAGGAGGUCGACGCGCAUAAUAAUGUUCUUGUCGUGCCCGCGCACGAGAUGGCCAUGAUGAGCGUCGUGGACUUCUUCCCCAAGAAGGCGAACGAUUUUGUGGAGAAGGGCUGGGUGCACAAGACGCGGUGGGUCUUCUUGGGCGAUUUUGCGAAGGCUGUUGGGUAUGAGGGCAAGAUCCCGGUUGAGGGAAUGGGAGAAUGGGGUCCGUGA